AUGAUUUUCGAUCCCACUAUGAGCAAGAAGAAGAAGAAAAAGAAGAAGCCCUUUAUGUUGGAUGAGGAAGGAGGGGAUACACAAGCAGAAGAGACUCAGCAAUCAGAAACAAAAGAAGUUGAACCAGAGCCAACAGAAGACAAAGAUGUUGAAGCAGACGAAGAAGACAGCAGGAAGAAAGAUGCCACAGAUGACCUGGAUGAUUUAAACUUCUUCAAUCAAAAGAAAAAGAAGAAAAAAACAAAAAAGAUAUUUGAUAUAGAUGAAGCAGAAGAAGGUGUAAAGGACUUGAAAAUUGAAGGAGAUGUGCCAGAGGCAGUAGAACCUGAAGAUGACCUUGAUAUCAUGCUGGGCAAUAAGAAGAAGAAAAAGAAGAAUGUGAAGUUUCCAGAUGAAGAUGAGAUAAUGGAGAAGGAUGAAGCUUUUGAGGAUGAAGAUAGCAAAAAAGAUGAUGGAAUUUCUUUUAGCCUUCAGUCAGGACCUGCAUGGGCAGGCUCAGAAAGGGACUACACAUAUGAUGAGUUGCUCAAUAGAGUAUUUAACAUCAUGCGGGAAAAAAACCCAGAUAUGGUGGCUGGAGAAAAACGAAAAUUUGUCAUGAAGCCUCCACAGGUUGUAAGAGUAGGGACCAAGAAAACAUCUUUUGUCAACUUUACAGAUAUCUGCAAAUUAUUACAUCGUCAGCCAAAACAUCUCCUGGCGUUUUUGUUGGCAGAAUUGGGUACAAGUGGCUCAAUAGAUGGUAACAACCAACUUGUAAUCAAAGGAAGAUUCCAGCAAAAACAGAUAGAAAAUGUCUUGAGAAGAUAUAUCAGUAAGUAUAACUCCCUUUUCCACUAG